AUGGGACGAGGCGUCUUGGAGCAGGCCAAGAAGCGGCGCGAGACAAUACUUGCCGAGUUCGAGCUGCGCAAAAAUGACCCAGCUUUCAUGGAGAAUCUGAAAUGCAAAAACGGGAGUUGCCGGACGAGGAAGGAGUUUGGAGACACGAGCCCUUUGAAGCAGCACGGGCGGACGAAUCUGCGAUUUACCGACGGUUUUGGCGACGGCGAAGCGCGGCUUCGGGCGAUUGCCGUCCCGAAAGAUGUCAUGAAGUCGUUCCAGCAGGGCGAAAAGUUCUACUUCCGAAGCGGGGCCAAGGACCCUCUCGUGAUGUGCACCGCGAAUAGCACGUUCACGAUUCAGAAACACAUCAGACGCUGUGUUUGCGGUUGCACCACGGUCGCGCCACGGAUUUCAAAGAGUGUGAGUUUCGCGCUCCUGUCGAUUCGCGCCUGCACCUUGCCAUUCCACGCGGAAACUUCGACUGUUCGGCGGCUUUUAAAGGAAUACGAGCUCCACCACGUCGACGAUGAAGAGCUCACCGACAUCUCCGACGAUCUGAACCAUCAAAAACGUUACUCUAUUCGCCAGCUGUUACGCCAGCUGCCAAUCAGUGAGGGAGAACUGCGUGCGUUUUGCAAGCGACUACCCAUCAUCGAUGUAGACGGAAAGCUUGUCUGGAUGACACCACAAUAUUGCGCACACCUUCUCGAUGUUCUCGUCGACCUCUUUGAUGAAGACACGGCCAGCGAGGUCAACGAGCUACGGUGCCUGCAAAACAUCAUCGGUGUGAUUUUGUACAUCCGGUUGGCGUGGGUGUGUGGACAAGCUGGGAUUUUAAUGGCCCUCUUCAUCCUCCUCCUGGCCUCCUUGGUGACGAUCGUGACCACCAUCUCCACGGCCGCCAUCACCACCAACGGCGAGGUCAAAGGGGGCGGGGUUUACUACAUGAUAUCGAGGACGCUGGGCCCGGAAUUUGGGGGCUCGAUCGGGCUGCUCUUUUGCUGUGCGAAUGCGGUCGCCGCCGCACUGUACAUCGUAGGGCUAGCAGAGACCGUUGUGGAUUUUUUGCGGGAUCACAAUUGGAGCCUAUUUGACGAGACGAACGAGGUGCGCGUGAUUGGAGUUGCCACGUGCAUCAUUCUGAUGGCCAUCAUUUGCAUCGGAAUUUCUAUAGAAUCGAAGCUGCAGCAGAUAAUGCUAAUCCCAUUCACGCUGUCGAUGAUCUGCUUCAUCGCCGGCACAUUUAUACACACAGAGACCAAGGAGAAGAAGGGAUUUACCGGGUAUUCAGCCAUCACGUUCAAGGAGAAUCUCCUCCCGAGCAACAUUCUGAAGCCGAACUGCACGGGAACCUGCCAGUAUGGGUUGAUGAACGAUUAUCAGGUGAUGUCGGAGAUCUCCGCCUGGCCGCCAAUGAUCCUCAUCGGCAUCCUGGCGUCCACCCUGUCAUCAGCCCUGGCGUCGCUCGUUUCGGCCCCAAAAAUUUUUCAGGCAGUGGCUGCUGACAACCUAUUCCCCUACAUUACCUGGCUCAAAAAGGGCUACGGGGCCGAUAACGCUCCACGACGCGCCUACGCCCUCACGUUCGCGAUUACUGUGGGCAUGAUUUUGAUUGGAAAACUCGACCUAAUCGCCCCGAUCAUCUCCAACUUCUUCCUCUGCACCUAUACACUCGUCAACUACGCCUGUUUUGACGCCUCCUAUUCUAAUUCACCGGAUGUAAAUUGGGGCUCCUCUACGCAAGCCAACCACCACAAAUCGACGCUGGCUGUC